AUGACUCUUGAACUCCUGGAGGACGCACUCGACAAUGUGCUCGAAACUCUCGAGCAGAUGCCGAGCAUGGUCUCUCAAAUCAUCGCUGACAUAACGCGAUAUGGCCCUCCCCUGCCGUCGUUUCCCGAUGUCCACCUCCCUGGCCACCUUGGGGACUUUGAGAUUCCGCCUCCACCACCACCUCCACCACCACCAACAUUUAUUGAGAAUGCUGCAAGCUGGGUUCACGAUAACCCCAGGCAGCUUGCUGGGGGGUUACUCGGCACAGGGUUGGUGCUUUAUGGGGCUGCCUACAUGCACAAGUCGAGGGCUUGGAAGCUAUUGAAAGAGAAAGCUACAGCAGAGCGAAGACAAGUCGUCGUCGUUCUUGGCGGCGAUGUACCAUUGGCUCUUCCCCUUAUCCUUGACCUGGAACGCAAAGGCUUCAUUGUGAUCACGAGCGUAAAGACGGCAGAUCUCGGCGCUGAUCUAGAACGACGAGGCAAGGGCUACGUUAGGGCAAUUGUUCUCGACCCAACCGACCCGUCCACUGUUACCACUUUCCUUCGCUCAUUGUCUGCUGCCCUAUCCCGUCGAUUUCCCAUCACCUCUGCCGGCGACCCUUUCGUCUCGCCUUCAUCGCACCCGUACAUUUGCUCGGUCAUUUCCUUGCUCAGUCUUGCCCCACCACCAGUCCAUGCUCCUCUAGAACAUAUUUCCCUUCGCAGUGCAUAUCUGCCAUAUCUAACAGCAACCCAUAUCGUCCCUCUUCAAGUCAUCCAAGCAUUGCUUCCCAUGCUUCGCACUGGUCCAUCCCGCAUCUCCAAGAAGUCUAUAGUUGUUUGUCUCCCUGCCACUGCAGCCCGGGUCGGCCUCCCUUUCAAUGCCAUGCAAUCCAUGAGUGUCGCCAGUACCUCACGUGCAGUCGAGGUUCUCCGCCGAGAAGUUCGUAUUGCUGCAUUGACAGACAAAUCUGAAGCAAUGAAGAACAUCCGUGUGGUCGUCGCUGAUGUCGGUGCCUUUAAUAUCGGUCCGCUCGAUACCUUCCUCCCCCCAGGCGAGGUUUACCGCGCGAUGGAAGGCUGGAGCUCGUCUGAAAAGCUUACAUAUGGGCCUUCAUUCGCAUCGCUAUCACAUUCUGUCGCUGAUGAAAGCAAUUCCGCCUGGUUUGACGACAACCAGUCGUACCGCGCCCCACGGAAGCCCACCGACGUGUCUGUGUUUGUCAACAGCAUCGUUGGGACUGUCAGCAACGGGCGAUUUGGGUUGGGCCUCGGCAUUGGGCGUCUGCAGAACUGGCUGCGUGGCGACCGCUUCUCGAUCGGCGCGGGCGCGGGCACGUAUAAAUUCGCAUCAUUCUUGCCGCCUGUCCUGCUCGAUGCGCUUAUCAACAUUCCCCACAUCCUCAUCGGCAUUCGCAACGCGCUGCUGCCCGCCCAGCCGUUUGUCCGGCCGCCACGGAAUCUGCCUGCGGUAGAGAAACUGCAGGCUGGGGCUGCCGCGAAGGCUCAGCGCCAGACUGAGUCGUCAUCGGAUGCGAGUUUGUCGGAGCAUGAGCACGAAACAGGCUCGGAGGCAGAUGUGGAGAGCAACUCGGGAAUUGACAGUGCGAGUUGGGUCAGCUUGAACAAGAGCACGGCAGACGAUGCGUCAGAGUAUAGCUACCAGUCGAUUCUCCAGCCAUCGUCAGCAACUGCGCUGCAAAACUACAUCACCCUCCGUCUGCUCGCGCUGAAAAGCAACCCUGAGGCGUUCGGCUCGGUAUAUGCACACGAGAAGCUCAACACGACAGAGAAAUGGCGCAUGAGAAUCGACAAUCCUGGCCGCAUGACGUUUAUUGCGAGCGUAGGCAGUGGCGACGAAGGCGAAUGGGUUGGCACGGCGUCGAUCAUUUCUCCAGAGUUAGCUGGCGAGGGCGACAACUACCACCUCGUCGGAAUGUGGGUCCACCCUGAGCACCGAAGAAAAGGCGGGUGUGUCGGGAAAAGCCUGGUCGGGAACGCAAUCGAAUGGGUGCGCAGCAGAAAGGUGGCGGGCGAAAACGAGCCCCAAACCCGCAUCAUCUCGCUCGAGGUCCACCGGCCAAACGUUGGCGCCAAGGCCAUGUAUGAGGGGCUCGGCUUCGUCGAGGCGGUCGAGGAGAAGUGCCAAGACCCGAAUCGUGUUCCAAUGCUGCUCGAGUUGAAUGCAGAGUGCAAGUAA